AUGCAGAUUUAUAUGUCUACACUGAGCUCCUCCAGUGAAAAUGUUUGCAACGAUACCCGUAUGAUGAUGGAUGAUUGGCCAUUAAUAUCCGUCCACCUAUUCAGCGAAACCGAAGUGGCAUGUCCGUUUGAUGGUGGUUAUGAUUUCGAUAUCACGUUACCAAGCGGCGAAAAGGUUUGCACCAGUACCAUCUUACCGUUGCGCUUUGAAAGCUCUUGCGUUCAAGAAGAGGGCCUUCUCAUCCGUCUUCGCAACAAUGGCUGCCGGCAAUCAGCUUGGAACCUAAGAGACGAAAACCGCUUACGUUGUGCGGCCAAAUGGAAAGUAGAGGGUAAUGACUAUGUCAUCGUUCGCAACAGUGAUAACCUCCAGUAUUGGUGUAUGCGGGUGGAGUAUGAUGAAAACGAAAUGAUUAAGAAGAUCUAUUUCUUCCUGGACAAAAUUUGCGACACCAAGACCAUAUUCCCCAAAGAGCGAAAAUACAUAAUAUUCAAGAUGCGUCGUCAUGUGGUGCGAAGCAUAUGCAGCGAUGAGUUCGAUGGGUGUCGCAACCCGCAGCAGUGCAAAACAAAGUUAAAGUCGCAUUGUCUUCGGUCGUGCGGCGAAUGCAAAGUCAACCGAUACGGCAGCAUUCACGGUCUGCGGGCCUGCAGCUUCCCUAAGGUCAUGCACGGCAUCUGGGUGCGACACGUCCGCAGCGGCACCAGCAAGAUCGUUAUCCGUAACAACACGGUGAACAUUAAUGGUGAACCGGAUUGGCACUGUAUCGAUGCGGGCGAGGGAAACUACUCCCGUCGACGCGUGCUCAUGAAGAAAUUCGACAACGGAUGCUAUCCACGGUUUAUGUGUAUUGAACUUCAGGAGACAUCACCAUCUGUGAUGCGCUACAGAGUUGGAGACAUUGUUCUGUGGCCGGUGAAUAUCACAUACGGAUUACAGGAACAGGUCUGUAAUGACAACCGCUUCGUACAACACGACUCUAAUUUUAGGGUGUCAUCAUCCCAAGGCAUCAUUCCACUGCAGAAUCUUGUCCGGGACUAUGACAAGUCGACUGUCUCCUGUAACUUGCCAGCAGGCCUGGGCACAUCGCUAGCUUUUCGAGACGAUACGUCCCGACAGGGAUGCCUGCUACACGACAUCCACUUCAUCCCGCACGAGAUGGUCCUGAUGUUGAAGGAUGAUGGCGGCAGACACAAAACCCACGCCCAAUAUUUCUGCCUGGCUUCAAUGAAGUUCAUAGAUGAGUACGAUACAAUCGUCACUCAAACAAAGGAUCGUAUCGAUGAGUAUCUAUGUUGGAUGAUCAUCGAUAACAAAGAAUUGAUUAUGCUGCCUGCAUCGAUGUGUAAUCGAGUACACGCCGAAGCGGUAAUCAAGCGAUUAGAAAAACCAUUAGCUCGACUUAGUCUCAUUAGUAACAAUGACUGUACUGAAGUCGAGAAACGAUGGCGCGAAAUGGUUGUAUCGUCACGAAAUGAAGGUCGAUUAAUUGUGAAAUCUUCUAGCGCCAAUCAGAUCCGUGGCUUAGCAACCGUCUUAUUCUUUAUGCUUUUAUUAACACAACAAUGA